ACAUCAGAGUCCUCUCCUCCUCCGGGGUCGGAGGUACGUAGUGGAAUUAUUUUUCUGCCACUUGAUUCUACUUCCUACAUCGGGAGUAUUGGUUCCCGUGUUAGUCGCCGAGUCCCGACGGAGCCGCAUCCCCCUUUGCGAUCUCCAUCUCCAUGGGUGUGGGAUGUUCGUCGCUGUUCUCGCAACCAGAGGGGGAAGAUCGGAUCAGCGCGCUUCCUGAUGAUGUUUUGCUGUCUAUCUUGGGGAGAGUUGACGAUCUAAGAACCGCCGUGAGGACAUGUGUGUUGUCAACACGGUGGAGGCGGCUGCCUUGGUUGCUGCCUGAGCUCAUCAUUGACGCCGAUGAUUUCUUAUCUUUACCGCACCCAAAGGAAAAAAGUAUUGAGGCUAAGGUCAUCCAAGAUGCGAUGCUCACUCUAACCCAAGCGUCAAGGAGUUUAUUUGCUAAACCUAAGGGAGAAUACGCUGUUGUAGAGCUGCAACUUGAGCUCUACUUGAUCGACACUUUCUUAUGCGAUAUUGGCCCACUGCUUUGUGAUGCAAUUGACCGUGGUCUGCUGAAACAUUUAUGCCUUGCCAUUCUCGACGAGGAGGCACCUUGGGAACGUUCUCAGCCAGAUGAAAUAAAGUGUACCCAGGAUAUUGAUGGAUUUUUCCGUGCCUACCCCAGUGUCUUCCAUUGCCUCACAAAGCUCUCUCUGCACAGUUUGGUUUUUGAUGGAUUGGACAUUCACCAUGUCCUUUUUGACUGCUGCAAGCAGCUGAAGCAUUUAGCGCUCUCUUUUUGUGAUGUUGGUCAUUACUGCGCUCCAUGGAAGAUAGAUGCGCCAAACUCAAAACUCUGUGUUCUAGAGGUGGACCGGUGUUGCUUUGAGAGAAUUGAGUUGAUAUCUCUUCCUAAACUGGAGGAGGUCAGUUGGCAUGGUUGGGUAUCUAACUGUGCCCCCUUUUCCUUUGGUUUUGUCCCAUCCCUUGAGGAAUUGGGCCUAUCGAAUUUGUUGCUCUAUGAUCAUCAUUUACUUAAAUUAAGUGAGCUUCUACAUGGAGGAGCAUGCAUACGCACUCUUACAUUGGAUUUCAAAGGAAACGCAAUUUGGGUAACACGUGAAAUCAAACAACUCGCCUACGCAUUCAGAAAGCUAAGGAAGCUGGUCAUACUAGGUAUAUUUGUUGAAUUUGACCUUCUAUGGACUACAACCUUUCUUGAGGCUGCUCCCUCUAUUGAAAUGUUGCAUAUUGCGGUUUGUGAACAUGCAUGUGAGUUUGGUGAUAUCGAGAGCGGGACUGGGAACUUUGCUGAAAGAACUAAUCCUCAGUGGGAGCUGGUCUUCCGCGGCUCCAAAAACUUGCUACUCAGAGAGGUGCACAUCGCCUACUUUAGGCCGCUAGAGCAGCAGCUGACAUUUAUCAAAGCAGUCCUGGAGCGAGCUCCCAAUGUGCAGACAUUCAUUCUGAACAAAGAUGGCGAGAGAUGCAGCGAAUGUGAUGCAAUGGCCCUCGAUGUGCCACCAAGUGUGUCAGGCUCGGCCUGCGUUUCCAAGGAACAAGGAGGAGCAAGACAUGGUGGUCAGACAGGUCACAGACGGCAUCUCCUUCUCUGGCAAGAUAAUUUUCCAGUGAUUUGCAAGGCCAUCGGUGUAGAUAGAGUGAUCAACUGCUCACGUAUAAACUUAAAAGAAUGACAAGGAAGAUCUGUUGUACAGUACAACAGCAGUUCGCUUUUAGAUGGCAUGUACAGUGGUUGGGAAAGAAUAGAUCAUAUUUGUUCUUCCUUCAGCUAGAGAUGGCAACCGGUGCACCUGGUACAUUUGUUAAGAAGGCUGAUUUCUCUUA